AUGCUUCGUUCAUUACGUUCGCUUUUCAUUACGGGGGUUGCCCUGCUAGACUUGGCUGCUGCUCUUAAGGGUUGUCCUAUGGAGCCGCAUCCUGUGAUUCUAGUCGAGGAGACUCCCAUCGUUCUUAGUACUCUUGUGUGCUCUGAUACAGCCUUGACCUUUGGCGCCAUUACCAUCGAUGUGACUUCAGCACCAACACUGCUAGUUACCAACUUCAAUGCUAUCACAACAAGCACUCUUCACGCUGGCAGUAAUACCGUUACAUCCUUUACUGGACCUUGGGUUACCUUGACGGGAGGCUGGUGGACUGGCUCUGGAGUAUCUACCCUCACACUUCCACCUGGUCAAAGAGGUGGAACUGGCACCAAGAUUAUAUUCGCUGGGAGUGCAACGGGCUCCUUCACUGGACCUUUCACGACGACUACAGGAGGACAAUGGACUGGAGCCGGGGUGACCACGAUGACCCUCCCACCAAGUGGCAGCAGUGGGACCGGGACCAAGAUCAUAUUCACACCACCGCCGACUGGUAACCCCACGAGUACUGUCUCUGCAUCAAAUAGAGAGCCAGGAGCGGCAUCCACGGGCGUUGGUCGGGGAUCUUCUACCGGCGGUGGCUCUGCCUCCUCAUUAGGGGCAUCAGGAGCCAUAUCCAUAGGCACGGGCAGUUCUACCAGUAGAGGUUCAGGAUAUGAAUCUACAUUUUCCGCCUCAACAAGCGCGGGAUCUGGUUCAUCUCACGGAAAUACAGGAGCUGUGUCUACCGGCACAGGCGCCGGCUCAGAAUCCUCUACAGAAAGUUCAGGAUUUAUAUCCACAGGUACACGUACUGGUCCUGGCUCCGCAACUGGGGGAUCAGAAGCCUCGUCUACUAGUGAUGCUGGUUCAGGUUCUUCAACUAGAGGCUCAGGUACCUCGUCAACUCAAGCAGGAUCCGGAGCAUCUUCAACUAGAGGCUCAGGUACCUCCUCAACUCAAGCAGGAUCCGGAGCAUCUUCAACUGGAGGACCAGGUACCUCAUCAACUGAAGGAUCUGGUGCAUGUUCAACUGGAGGAUCUGGGGCAUCUUCAACUAGUAGCGCUUCUACAUCUUCCACAAGAGAAUCUGGCUCAGGAUCCUCUACAGGAACGACAGGAGCAUCUUCAGCUAGUGGCGGGAGCUCUGCCUCAACAGGAGGAUCAGGAGCCUCUUCUACUAAUAGUGCUGGCUCAGGAUCAUCCACUGGCAGUUCAGACUCAUCUUUAACUGAAGGAACCUCAACAGCAACUUCAAGCAGAGGAACCUCAACAGCACCUUCAACAGAUAGCACAAGUUCUGCCUCUUCUACCGGUAGCACUGGCUCAGGCUCAUCGACUGGAGGGCCAGGUAGCUCUUCUACCCUUGACACAGGCUCCGGUUCUUCUACUGCCGGCUCAGGCUCAUCUACUAGCUCGGCCUCAUCUACUAGCUCAGCCUCAUCCAGUAGCUCAGUAUCAUCUACUAGCUCAGUCUUAUCUACAAGCUCAGCCUCAUCCAGUAGCUCAGUAUCAUCUACUAGCUCAGUAUCAUCUACUAGCUCAGAAUCGUCCACUGGCUCCGACUCUACCUCAUCAAACACGCAAGGAUCGUCCUCUACCGUCUCGGCGACCGCGAGUCCCACCGCGGUAGCCUGCGCGAAAACGCCACCUCAGUGCCUGGCGCUGGCUGGAACAAGUGGCCAAGAAUUCUCCGAUCGGCUCGGAGCUUGUACAAGCGCCUUGGGUGAUUACGAUGGCGUGAACACCGAGGUGGGAUACUGCACAAGCAACAACCUCCCUGGGAAUACCGGCGACAAGCUCAUUGCUUGCUUGAAUGCUGCCCUGGCAGGAAUAUGCAUCACGGAUCUCCCUGAAGCAUGUACGAGCCUAGCCGGCAAGACCGAUCUGUUACUGGCGCUGGCUCUCCCUUAUUGCAAGUCCGCUCUAGGCCCUUUCAGUGCUAGCGGCCCUGCUGCGACAUGUGUGGCAGGCAAUUUGAGUACAGGCGAUGCUGUCAUCACCUGCUUGAACGCUGCGCUGUUCUCUUGA